UCUCAGGUCAUCACGUGGUAAAGAAGCAGUUUUAUGGUUUCAUUUUCGAUGACAACCUGUACAGAUCAGGGAGUUUCUCUCAGACUGGAGCCUCAGAUUAUUCCUGAACCCAAUGGAUCCAGAUGGUGACAGAGGACAAAAUGAUCAAGUUGGUGGUUCUGGUUCUUCUGGGAAUAAACAGCGCUGCAGCUGUGACCCACUCCCUGAAGUAUUUCCACACGGCAUCGUCUCAAGUCCCAAACUUCCCAGAGUUUGUGGCUGUUGGUUUGGUUGAUGAUCUUCAGAUGAUUUACUAUGACAGCGACAUCAAGAAAUGUGUUCCUAAACAGGACUGGAUGAAGGAGAACACUAAUGAGCGGUACUGGGAGAUUCAGACUAACAUCCUUAUGGGUCAGCAGCAGACCUACAAAGCCAACAUUGACAUUGCAAAGCAGCGCUUCAACCAAACUGGAGGUGUCCACAUUGUCCAGUACAUGUACGGCUGUGAGUGGGAUGAUGAGACUGGAGAGGUUACUGGCUUUAACCAGCAUGGCUAUGAUGGGGAAGACUUUGUAGCAUGGGAUGUGGGGACAAACACUUGGAUUGCUCCAAAACCACAGGCUGAAAUUACUAAAAACAAAUGGAAUAACAAACCUAAUCUGGCCUCCAGAAAGAACUACCUCUCUCAGAUUUGUCCUGAGUGGCUGAAGAAGUAUGUUAACUAUGGAAGGAGCUCUCUGAUGAGAACAGAUCUUCCCUCCAUCUCUAUUCUUCAGAAGUCUUCCUCCUCUCCAAUCAGCUGCUUUGCUACAGGUUUCUACCCCAACAGAGCAGAAAUGUUCUGGAGGAAAGAUGGAGCAGAGAUCCAUGAUGGUGUGGAGAAAGGAGAGAUCCUCCCUAACAAUGAUGGAACCUUCCAGAUGAACGUUGACCUGAACCUUCCAUCAUCUGUGGACUGGACAAGAUAUGAAUGUGUGUUUCAGCUGUCUGGUGUUAAUAGAGACGUCAUCGCUCCUCUGGACAAAACAAAGAUCAGGACUAAUGAAGGACUCCCCAUUGGGAUAAUUAUUGGGGUUGUUAUUGCUGCACUUCUGGUUCUGGUUGCCAUCAUUGCUGGAGCUGUCUGGUGGAAGAAAAGAGAUAACAACCUUAUCAAGGCCUCAACAUCAUCUCUGUCUAGUGACGAAUCAAAGGAAAGCAUCACAUCACACGAUAGCCUAGACAGCACCUCAUCAGGAAAACCUCUGCUACGUGAAAAAUGA